AUGGACCGUGGUUUGUUUAAUAUAGCUGUUUUUCUGGACUUACAAAAGGCGUUCGACACCAUAAAUCAUGACAUCCUCUUAACGAAACUUGAUCUUUAUGGCCUACAGAAGCCAUCAUUAAACCUUUUAGGAUCCUAUUUAGCGAAUAGAACCCAAAUGUGCUCCGUUAAUGGCGCUCUGUCGGGCACGAAGUUGGUUACAUGUGGAAUCCCUCAAGGUUCAAUUCUUGGCCCACUCUUAUUCUUGAUCUACAUUAAUGAUCUGCCUAACAGUUUGGAGUACUCGUCGACAAGAAUGUUUGCCGACGAUACGACUCUAACUGUAUCUGGCAAGUCAAUCCAAGAUGUAGAGGUGGCCAUAAAUCAUGACCUUACCAACGUUAAACAAUGGCUUUCUGCAAAUAGAUUAUCUCUUAAUCUAGUCAAAACUGAGUAUCUACUAAUAGGAUCUCGGUACAACAAAAAUAAUUUACUUGCUGCUCCAAAUGUAUUUGUUGGUGAUACACCAAUUAAAAAGGUCAAAGAAACAAAAGCGCUUGGAGUUCAUAUUGACGAAUUUCUAUUGUGGGAUAAGCAUAUUGAUAAAAUUGCUAAGAAGAUUUCAUCCGGAAUUGGGGCGGUCAGAAAGCUAAAAUCUUGUGUGGAUCAUAAUACAUUAAUUUGUGCUUAUAAUGAUGCACUUAUACUUCCACACCUAUAGAUUAUUGUUGCGAAGUUUGGGACACCAUUGGUGCCACACUUUCUGAUCGACUCGAGAAACUACAAAAUAGGGCAGCUAGAGUUAUUACUGGCCGUAAAAACGAACACGUUCAAUCUGAACUUGCUCUAGACGAACUGAAAUGUUGCCAUCUAGAAAUGUUGCUAACACUGCUUUGCGCAGUGCUAAAAGAGAUUAUUAUGCAAACAAAUUCACAACUAAUAAACAGAAUCCUAAAUAUGCUUGGAGAACAAUAAACGAUAUAUUAGGUCGAAACAGAAAACAGACUACGAUUAAUGAAAUUAAACUUCCAGGUAAAACUGUUACAUCGACCGACGAAUUAGUCGACAUUUUUAAUGAUCAUUUUAGUAAUAUUGGCCCAAAGCUUGCUGAGUCUAUUCCAAAUGACAAUGACGUUAGUUUUCGAGAUUUUAUUACUCAACAAAAAUCUAAGACAAAGAACAGUUUCUCAUUUCGACCAGUGAGUGUAACACUGGUUUACACUCUUCUAGUUAAUUUGUCUACCACCAAAGCGACUGGAAUGGAUAAAAUUUCAGCUAAAAUUCUACAAGUAGCAGCUCCAGUUAUUGCACCUUCUCUUACUGAGAUUUUUAAUAUGUCAAUUGACUCGGAUCAAUUUCCUUCUGAUUGGAAAGCUGCAUGCAAGG